GACUUGCUCGGCCUGUGUGAGCAGAAAAGAGGGAAGGACAACAAGGCCAUCAUAGCGUCCAACAUCAUGUACAUCGUGGGCCAGUAUCCUCGCUUCCUCCGAGCCCACUGGAAGUUCCUCAAGACCGUCGUCAACAAGCUGUUUGAGUUCAUGCACGAGACCCACGACGGCGUGCAGGACAUGGCGUGUGACACCUUCAUCAAGAUCGCCCAGAAGUGCCGGCGUCAUUUUGUCCAGGUCCAGGUGGGCGAGGUGAUGCCUUUCAUCGACGAGAUCCUCAACAACAUCAACACCAUCAUCUGUGACCUGCAGCCGCAGCAGGUCCACACGUUUUACGAGGCCGUUGGCUACAUGAUCGGAGCUCAGACAGACCAGGCGGUUCAGGAGCUUCUCAUAGAGAAGUACAUGCUGCUGCCCAACCAGGUGUGGGACAGCAUCAUCCAGCAGGCCACCAAGAACGUGGACAUCCUGAAGGACGCGGAGACGGUGCGUCAGCUGGGCAGCAUCCUAAAGACAAACGUCAGAGCCUGUAAAGCUGUCGGUCAUCCCUUCGUUGUCCAGCUGGGACGAAUUUACUUGGACAUGCUCAACGUCUACAAGUGUUUGAGUGAAAACAUCUCCUCAGCUGUCCAGACCAACG